AUGGUCAAUCGCGGACGGUCAAAGGGUUGCGUCACCUGUAAGCAACGACGGGUCAAAUGCGACGAGACUCGACCCGAGUGCGGCCACUGUCGACGGCUAGGUCUGCGCUGUGGAGGGUACGAGACCAAGUGCGCCCGGCGCCUGAAGUUCAAGGACCAGAAUCACAAAUUUUUCAGCGAGAAAUCCGAGCGCCAGCCUAGCCCGUCUCAAGCACUGGUGCCUGUAUCUUGUCCGCGGACCAUUGCCGACCCAGACAGUGCCGUCGCUUUCUACUUGGGGCAGUACGCUGGCAAGGGCCGAGAGACGGCGUCUGCGCGGGGAUUCUUCGAGGUGCUCAUUCCGACGUAUAACGCGCAGCCGGAAAACUCGCCUCUUUCACUUGCCCUGCGCGCGACGGCGACAAAAGUGCUGUCCUUGUGGCGCCAUGGCCCCAAGGGCCUCGCUUUGCCACAGACGGCGUACGCGGAAGCCGUAAGCCGCGUCCGCCAGGCUGUGCAAGACGAUGUCGAGAGGCAGAAUCCGGCCACGAUCAUGGCAAUUGUUGCUCUGCAGCUAUGCGAAAGCAUCGCCGCCGUGUUCAAUCUCCGCCCGGCGUCAAAGGUCCACCAGAGCGGUGCCGUGUCGUUGCUGCCAUACCUAACAACGGGCAGUAACGCAAGCGCUGGAGAAUAUAUUAGGCGAUUCGUGGUUCAUACGGAGAUUGCCUCUGCGAUACGGGAGAAGAAGCCGCUGCCUGGCAUGUUCAUCACUUCCACCGCCCGUGGCAGCAACCCUAGUUCCGUCUUGGACGCCAUCGGGGCAGAGGUGGCUCUCUUGCAAGCCAGCCAUGCGCAGCUAGAGCAGCAAAUUAAGGCCCCGGUCGAGCUUCAGUAUAUUCUCACAAACCAAAUACAAGAAGCAAAGCGAAUCGAGAAUAAACUCUUAACUUGGGAGCAGCUUGUGCCGGAGCAUUGGAGGCCACUGAGGCUGCCCAGAAAAGAGUUUGAUUCAUCUAUUUCAGCGUAUCAGGAUGUGUGCGAAGUUUACACGUCUUGCCAAAUUGCAACAAUUUGGAACCUCUGGCGCGUCCAAAGACUGAUACUGGCGGCCGUUAUUGCAGACUCGCAUACCAGACUCCGAAAUUACGACCUCAAGACUCCGAGUCAACAGGCCAACGAGACGGCAGCAGCCCAAGAGCUAGUCGACGGCAUAUGCUACAGUGUGCCAUUCUAUCUCGGCAAUCGAUGCAGGCCCAUGUCCUUACGAGACUUCACGGAUGCCUCUAUACUUUACCCCAGUGGUACCGUGCUGCAUCUCGACACGAGCCACAUUAUAGCCCAGGGCCCAUGGAAUAUCCUGAGCCCGCUGAGCCGACUGCUGGCGCUCUUUUCCGACGGAUCAGGACAGUCGAUUGCGGUACUUCUCAGGACGGGCCAGAUUACAUGGAUCAGAGAACAGUUUCUGCGAGUCACUAUACUGCUCCACGUCGCGUUCGCGCACGGCAAGGGGUAUUCGCCGGAUAGCGGCUCAUUGAUUGCUCAAUACACGGAAGAAGAGACGGAGAAGUUGAUGAAACUGGUGAGGAGCGGACUAAGAUUCACGAGUGGCUCCUAG